CUGGGCGGGUGUAGGCGGUGCUUACUAUACUUGAUAACUCAAUGAUAAGUAUGAUGCUAUUAAGAAGACCCAUUUCUCACCUUAGUUCUCUAUCACGCAUUUCCCAUUCCAUGAAAUUACAUGACAGUAAAGACACUAGAUCUAACAACUGCAGUUUUCCACACAUACCAUCAGCCUACUCAAUCAAUAAUAUUAAUGAAGACAACAAUGAUAGUUUUGAAAUUAAUAUGAAUUGUUACAAGAAGAUGGAGACAAUACGUCAAAAUGUAUUAUCGGCAAAAGCUCCUGAAGGAUCAAAAAAACUUUCAGUGUUUGAUCGCAUUAAAUUGCUCAGUGAUGAUGGGUCACCUUUGCUGUAUCUAUCCACUACAGCUGGUCUCAAUUUGCCUUAUGGUUCCAUCAGGAAUGCUGGAACAAUUACAGCAAUUACUAGAAUAAUGGGAAAGUAUUGUAUUAUAUCUGGGAAUGACUGGAUAUUUAAAGGUGGGACAGCUUUUCCCAUUUCAGUCAAGAAACAAUUAAGAGUGCAUGAAAUAGCCAUGGAGAACAGACUCCCCUGCAUUUAUCUGGUUGAUUCAGGUGGUGCUUUUCUUCCAUUGCAGGCUGAUAUUUAUGCUGACAAAGAGCAUGGUGGGAGAUCCUUUAGAAAUGAAGCUGUUCUCUCAUCAAUGGGUAUACCUCAAAUUGCUGUUGUGUGUGGGCCAUGUACAGCUGGUGGGGCUUAUAUACCUACAAUGUGUGAUGAAGCUGUUAUUGUGAAAGGUUCUGGAUCAUUAUAUUUAGGGGGACCACCUUUAGUUAAGGCUGCUACUGGGGAGUCCAUCAACUCUGAGGAAUUAGGUGGAGCUGAUGUGCAUUGUAGUAUCAGUGGAUGCACUGACCAUUAUGCUCCUUCAGAAGAAUACGCCAUGAGUUCUCUCCAUGUGUCUAGAAGUAUGUUUUGCCUACCCAAAGGUUACUAG